AUGGAGUGCUGCCUGAGUUGCCCAAAUAGGCAAGCGUCGCCGCAGACCCACCCUCGCCACCAAAAUUGGAACAAGCCACGGUCGAACAUAUGGAAAACUCUCGCAACCUUCUGGAGUUUCUUUGUGAUGGGAGCUAAUGACUCCUCGUCUGGUCUCCAAAGCUACUACGGUCUGUCCUACAUUGUUGUCUCGCUUAUUUUCCUCUCGCCACUAGGCGGGUAUAUCAUUGCAGGUGUGAUAGACGGCAAGAUAUACACCGUAAUGGGCCGCCGGGGAGUGGCGUUGAUCUGCCCGUUGUGUCGCAUUCUCGCCUAUGUCAUCAACUCGUUUCAUCCGCCAUACCACGCUCUUGUCGUGGCUUUCAUUUUCGCUGGAAUCGCCAACGGCCUUUCCGACUCUGCUUGGAAUGCUUGGGCUGGUAGCCUGGAUAACGCCAGCCAGGUGUUGGGCAUCCUUCAUGCCUUCUUCGGCUUAGGGGCCGUAUUUGGCCCUCUCAUCAUCGGUUCGCUAGUUGCACACUCGGGAUAUCCUUGGUAUUACUUUUAUUAUGUGAUGAGUGCAUUCGCGGCUGUCGAGCUGAUCACCUCUCUUGCCGCUUUCUGGGAUAUGAGAGGCGAGCUGUCCCAAUAUGUGGCCCCCGGACAAACAGGAAAGAGCCAGAACAGUGGUGGUACAAGAAAGGCUAUGUUUCAGCGCCCAUAUGCUAGGAUUACUUGGCUCUGUUCGUUUUUCUUUCUUGCCUACGUCGGUAUCGAACUAGCUCUCGGAGGAUGGGUCACGACUUUCAUGCAGGAAGUCCGAGAUGCUGCCGACUACGCAAGCAGCAUGGCGUCGACUGGGUUCUGGUUGGGUUUAUCAGUCGGACGACUCGUGCUUGGAUUCGUGACUCCUCUUAUCGGCGAGAAGGUCGCGAUCAUCAUCUACAUCGCCCUACAAAUGGUCUUCUCUAUCGUCGUUCACGUGGUCCCGAACUUCUACGUUGCCGCGGUCAGCGUGGCAAUGCAGGGAUUCUUCCUCGGCCCUCUCUUUCCCGCCGUGGUUUAUGCUUGCGUGAAGUUAUUGCCCGAAGACUUGCAUGUCACGGUUGUCGGAAUCACCACGGGGUUUGCCAGUCUUGGUUCUGCUCUGUUGCCCUUCUUGGUCGGUGCCAUUGCGGAUACUGAGGGCAUCAAGUUCCUUCAGCCAUUCAUAUUGGGUCUGUCUGGUGCGAUUAUGAUUCUGUGGGGAUGUCUCCCGAAGAUUCCGAGGACGUUGAAAUCGUCGAAGCGAAAGUCGGUUCGUUUUGAGGGGUACUAACUGAGAUUGUUGUAUAAUAUUGCAGAUAGAUUUCUUUCCUUUGCCCAGGGCUUGUUGUUUUAGAGGAUUUGUUCACAGCACCGAUAGAUUUGAUAUUGUUUUAAUUUUAGCGGCCUUUUUUGCAGCAGGUGUUUCCAC